CCAGUCGACCCUGACUACGGUCACUCUAUAUCAUCGACGCUGUCAGUCGGCGUCCUGAUCUUCAGUACAACGGCUACGGUCCUAACUAGCGCUUCAAAUUACCGUACAACGGAUCAUCUCCGAUUCGACAAUUAUCAGUAACAAGAGAUACUUUUCCUUCUUCGAUCAUCGGCGACCCCCUCCGCGGUCAACGACGCAACAGAAAUGGUCAGAUCGUAUCUCUUAGGUGUCGUUCUUCAAGUAUUGAUACUCGGUUUCGCUGAUGCCCAAUCUCAAGGAAGGUCGGGGUGCGUGACACCUGACGGUGUGAACGGUAUAUGUAUCGAAAUACGACAAUGCCAACCGUUGCUGAACAUUCUCCAAAUGCAACCUCUUCAACCGUCCGCUGUCGAUUUCUUGAAGCAAUCGCAGUGCGGUUUCAGCGGUAGAGAUCCCCUCGUCUGUUGCCCGAACCAAACUCCGGACAAUAUUCCACCUCGUCGGGACCAACCCUACCCCGCGGUCGAUCCGAAUCAGAACGUAGACCCGAAUUUCCCCGAUCCGACUAACAAUGGUAACACAGAUCCGAUAAACAACGGCGCGAACACGCAGUACAGUCUAGUCGACAAUCCUCUGCUUUCCAACGAAUGCGGUAAAGAUUUGUCUCAGAGAAUUUUCGGCGGGGAACGCACGGAACUCGACGAGUUCCCUUGGAUGGCGCUCUUGGAAUACGUUAAACCGAACGGUAAGACUACAGCUUGCGGAGGGGUGCUCAUCAGUCGCCGGUACGUCCUGACCGCGGCCCAUUGCGUGAAAGGCAAGGAUCUACCGGUGUCGUGGCGGUUGGAAGCCGUUCGUUUAGGGGAGUACAACACAGCCACCGAUCCCGACUGCGUCCAAGACGGGACGAACUCCGUGAUCUGCGCCGAUGAUCCUAUCACGGUUGGAAUCGAGGAGCAAAUCGCUCACGAGAGUUACAAACCGGUAUCGAGGGACCAAAAGUACGACAUCGCCCUGUUGAGACUGACCCACGACGUCACGUUCACCAAUUACGUGAAACCUAUAUGCCUGCCACCGAACGCCGCGUUCGGGCAAAAGGUAGUUGUCGCUGGCUGGGGAAAAACUGAGAACACUUCGGCGUCGGAUGUGAAGCUGAAGUUGACGUUGCCGAUCGCCGACGACGCGUUGUGCAAGCAAACGUACAGCAACGCGAGAGUGAUGCUCGGUUAUGGUCAACUAUGCGCCGGUGGACAGAAGGGCAAAGACUCGUGUCGCGGAGAUUCGGGAGGACCUCUGAUGUCUCUCGAGAAAGACCGGGAUGGUAAUGGAAGAUGGACCGCGAUCGGUGUCGUUUCAUUCGGGCCGUCGCCUUGCGGCAUGCCUGGAUGGCCCGGUGUCUACACCAGAGUGGCAGACUUCGUGCCCUGGAUACUUAGUAAAAUGAGACCUUCAUCGGCCGGGAACGCCGUAUUUGAAUUCAUUUCCAGAAAAAGAAAAACACGCUCGGGACCAAACAUGAUCCGUCACGUACUCUUGUUUGCGCUCGUGGUUCUACAUGAAGCUACUGCGCUCGUGCUUCUACAUAAAGUUACUGCGCGCCUGCUUCUGGAUGAAGCUACUGCGCAGGAUGCGUGUAUCACGCCUGAGAAGAAAAGCGGUCAGUGCAUCAACGUACGCAGCUGUCAGCGAGUGAUAGACAUUCUUCAGCAGCAAAGGCCCUUGAGCAGGGAAACUCUCAACUACCUGAACAGCCUUUCGUGCGGUUUCGAGGGGAACGAUCCUAAAGUGUGCUGCGAGUUACAGACUCCAUCGGUGCCUGGAACUCAAACGUCGGUGCCUGGAACUCAAACGUCGGAGCCUGGAACUCAAACGUCGGAGCCUACCGCGGUCCCCGAUCCCCCGGAUGUCACGAAUCAUCCGAAUUUACGAGUGCUGAACAACGACGAGUGUGGACCGGCCACGACGUCGAAAAUCAUCGGCGGCAACAGGACAGGCGUUCUGGACUUUCCGUGGAUGGCGUUGAUUGCUUAUAACACCGGCAAAGAGACUCCAGAAUUCCGAUGUGGCGGAUCAUUGAUCAGCAAACGAUACGUGCUCACAGCUGCUCACUGCGUUACAUCGUUGCCCGGUGGUCUCACGUUGAUCGGAGUACGAAUAGGGGAGCACGAUUUGAACACGGAACGCGAUUGCGACAGAGAUGAGACGGGUCUUGAGAUCGUCUGCGCCGACAGAUACCAAGAUUUCGGUUUGGAGAGCGUGCACUUUCAUCCUCAAUAUUCGAGCAAAAAACUGCAAAACGAUAUCGCUCUGCUUCGGUUGAACGGAGACGCCGAUUUCCGUCCGGCGAACGUGCGACCGAUUUGCAUGCCGCUUGGAGCGGCCGCUACCAUUUCGCAAAAAAAAGUUACGGUGACUGGUUGGGGUGCGACGGAACUCGGGCCGCGCAGUCAGUCGUUGCUACAAAUCAAGUUGUCGCCAGUUAGCACCGCGAAUUGCGCGGAAGCGUAUAAAGGGAAGGCAGAAAUCUGGUACAAACAGAUCUGCGCAGGCGGUAAAAGAGGCAUGGACUCUUGCUUGGGAGACAGCGGUGGACCGCUUCAAGUCCCGACAUUGUUUGGCGAAAACGUGAAAUAUGUUCAAUACGGAAUUGUCAGCUUUGGUCUGAAGAACUGCGGCACGGAGGGAGUUCCUGGAGUUUAUACCAACCUUGUAUAUUACAUGGAUUGGGUUCUAGAUACUAUUAGGCCAUAAAUAAUACACACAGUCUACAUUUUUAUUCAAUCGAUGAAAUGAUUUAUUAAACGAAUGCUAAUGAUGCCUUUACAGAGCUAAGGACUGAAAGCGAGAAGUCUUUGAACGUGAUCGAGAGAUCAAGUUGGCAGCGGCAUUCAUUGUAUUAAAACACAAUUCUACAUUUGCUCGUUUCAAAUUUUUAUAACAAUGUUACAAUAAAUCGUCGUAGUUCUAUA